UCCGCAGGAGGUGCCGAUGCUGAGCAAGCUCCUCUGAGUGCCUUGGAUCGAACGGUGGACCUGACCAAGAUGUAUUCAAGCAGUUAAAACGCAAAGAAGUUUCUCACAAGGAUCAGCUGGAAUGAGACGAAAAUGCAGACUUCCAAUGCAUUUCCCCACGAUAAGGAUGCAUUCGGUCCAGAAGUCCUUGUGUGCACUGCUGGUGCUGACGGCACCCCUGGCUUUCCUCUAUCUCCACGUUUGGUCACCCAAGCCCUACAGCACAGUGGACCUACGACAUCGGCCUGACCAAGCGCCUGACCAACUACUGAAAGACCACGUGCUGCUGCCCGACAAGAAAUAUGCGCACAUUGCCUUCAGGGUCAAGGAGGAGAUCUUGGAGCUUCUUCCUAAAAACUCUUGCAAAUGCAUGGUGGAACCGAGCAUGCACCUCCCUUUCCAAAAUCAGCUCUUUGGCAAGGUCAGCUACCUGGAUUUUGCGACGGCAUACAGCCCUUCCGAACUGCCAGACAUCAACAACAAGCGGGAGCAGGAGUACCGCAGUUACCGGCAGAGGUCCCAUUCCCCAGCUGACCAACUCCUCAUAGUCCGAGCCAACUCUCCACUGGAAUAUCCGUCCCAGGGGGUGGAAGUACGGCCCCUUCAGACCAUCCUCAUCCCAGGUCUGAGUUUACAGGCAGUCAACAGAGCAUUGUAUCAGAUCGACCUGUCAGCGACAAUGGGCACCUUUGAUGUGGCUGCUGAAGUGGAAGGGGUCAAGGUGGAAGGGGAAGGGGAAAUGCACCUCACUCUGUCGGGACCCCACGUGGAAAAUCUCAACCGGCAAUUGCAAAUUAUAACAAGGCACGAACAAUCAGGAACCAGUGAUCAUGUGCAGUUUUCUACCGAUGGGCACCAGGCAACUUUCAUCAUUCGCAUCCGCCACACCCCCACCCCCAGGCUCUACAACCCAGGAUCCUCCAGAGGGGGAGCCAGUGGAGAAUACAACAUCAGUGCCCUGGUCACCAUUGCCACCAAGACCUUCUUGCGCUACGACAAGCUCCGAACGUUGAUCGACAGCAUCCGCAAGUUUUACCCCAUGGUGACCAUCAUCAUCGCCGAUGACAGCCAGACCCCCGAACGUGUGGAGGGGCCACAUAUCGAACAGUACUUCAUGCCCUUUGGCAAGGGCUGGUUUGCUGGCAGGAAUCUCGCCAUCUCCCAGGUGACCACCAAAUACGUUCUGUGGGUGGACGAUGACUUCGUCUUCACGAUCCGCACCAAAGUGGAAAUGCUGGUCGAUGUCCUCGAGAAGACUACCCUGGACCUAGUGGGCGGAGCCGUGCGAGAGAUCACCGGCUACUCCACCACAUACCGGCAACAGAUCAGCGUGCAGCCCGGGAACGAAGACGGGGAUUGCCUGCGAAUUCGGCAGGGCUACCACCACAUCAUUGAGGGCUUCCCGAGCUGCGUGGUCACCGACGGAGUGGUCAACUUUUUCCUGGCCCGAACAGACAAGGUGCUGCAGGUCGGCUUCGACCCCCGUCUCAGCCGCGUCGGCCACCUCGAGUUCUUCAUCGAUGGCUUGGGCAUGCUGCACGUGGGCUCCUGUUCCAACGUGGUGGUGGACCACGCCUCCAAGAUCAAGAUCCCCUGGCUCAAGACGGACACAGAGAAGCAGUACGCCAAAUUCCGCUACCCCAACUCGAGCGACAACAGCAUAAUCACGAAGCACAGCCUCUUCUACUUCAAGAACCGGUUCAAGUGCAUGUCGGGCAACUAGUCCACGGUCGGCAGGGUGUCAAGAAACUCACCCACGAGAGCCAGCCACGUCCUCAGGCAUCCAGGCCUGCUGAUCUCAGGCGGCCCGCUCCGGCAACAGCCCUUGGGCCAACGGUCUUGCCCGUCAACUAGCCAACACUCCCCCCACCCCGAACUCAGGGAGGCCUCAGCAUCCUCAGGCCUUGGGAUUUGGAAAAUGGGCGGCCGAUCCCUUCCCUACCGUACCUUUAUUUAAAAAAAAACAAAAUCCUUUUUUAGCACAAAGGUGCGGCUACACUGUCCCGAGCCUGGCACUGAAGCGAUUAUGUGCUGCCUUCUCUUGCAUUUAUAGAUCUUGUUGCCUGAAAUGGAGAACCGUAAACUGGGAAUGAUGCUGGUAAACUGCCUGGGAGGUUCUUUUUCCCCACUUCUCCUUUCCUGAUUGGGAAUAACCUACUUCUCUAAUAAUCUGUGAGCUUCCUUCUGCCUGUCCCCCCUCCCCUCACAAUGUGCACGCACACACACACACACACACUAAAUAGCCUCCAACCCCAGAUAUCCGAACCGCCUGUUUCAUCUAAUCAAGAGGGAAUAUUAUUGGGGG